AUGGGAAUACGCCAGUUAAUCUCUCAGCAGGAAGUGGAACAAAAAAGCGAUGAGGAUAAACAAUAUAUUACUGAAGACAUUGAGCAGUUGAGCACUGAUUCAAGUAUCGAUGCUUCAAGUAAUGUUUUCGCAGAUCCGGAAAUCGCUAAUUAUUAUUCAUCGAUAUAUGAGAACUCUCAAUAUGAGUGUCGCCACUUGUUUGAUCCAGAUUUUACGUGGACUCGGAAAGAAGAAAAGCGUGUGAUUAAAAAAAAUGACUGGUACGUUACCUUUUGGACGUUUCUUAUGUUUACCGCGCUCGAUUUUGAUAGAAGUAAUAUAUCGCAAGCCCUUUCUGACAAUAUGUUGGAAAACCUGAAUUUGACAACAAAUGAUUAUAAUACAGCGAAUACAAUCAAUCUGGUUUGUUUCCUAGCUGCCGAACUUCCAUCGCAGCUUAUUUCCAAAAAAAUUGGUGCUGAUGUUUGGAUUCCAACGCAAAUGUGCCUUUGGAGUAUUGUGUCGGUAUGUCAAGCUUCCAUGACUACAAAAUCUGGGUUUUAUGCGACAAGGGCACUUUUAGGGGCAUUACAGGGAGGAUUCAUUUGCGAUGUUUGCCUUUGGAUGAGCUAUUUCUUUACCUCCAAGGAAUUACCUUUCAGGCUUUCUCUAUUCUACAUCGCUAACCCUAUGACAUCAGUUUGGUCCAGUUUGCUUUCUUUUGGUCUAUUGAAAAUUAAAACGGGUGGACUCAUGAACCAGUCUUGGAGAUGGCUAUUUCUGGUUGAAGGUCUUUUCACAUUGCUGAUUGGCAUCAUGUCUUUCUUGAAAAUGCCCCCAUCACCUGCCCAAACAAAAGCAUGGUAUAGGAAAAAAGGAUGGUACACUGAUCGGGAGGAAAAAAUUGUCGUAAACAGAGUAUUGAGGGACGAUCCGACUAAGGGAGAUAUGCAUAAUCGUCAACCAGUCAGCCCUAAGGAGCUCCUCAAAACACUGUUGGAUUAUGAUCUGCUGCCAAUAUAUAUAGUGAGAUUCCUGGGGGAUAUUGGAUCAUCACCAGUGAGCACCUAUAUGACUUUGACUCUUCGAAAGCUUGGGUUUAGUACUUACAAAACAAACGCGCUGUCGAUUCCAUAUAAUGUUCUCUCUGUCAUCACCAUGUUGCUAGCUGGAUAUUUUUCUGAAAUAGUAAACCAGAGGUCACUUAUUAUAAUGGGAACUCCAAUAUGGAUUUUGGCAUGUCUCUUUCCUCUAAGGUUCUGGCCUGGCUCUCAAGUGAACACCUGGGGAACAUACGCCUUGCUAACGGUUUUAUUGGGACACGCACCUAUAUGGCCUCUCAGUAUAAGUUGGUGCUCUGCAAAUUCAAAUUCAGUGAGGACACGCGCUGUCUCGGCGGCUAUGGUAAACAUUUACUCACAAGCUGCCGGUAUUGUUUCCGCAAAUAUUUACAGAACGCCGGAUAAACCGCUCUAUCACAAAGGUAACGAUGCUUUGAUUGGUAUCGCAUUCGGGACUAUUGCGGCCUGUCUUUUCACGAAGUUUUAUUACAUUUAUCGUAAUAAGCAAAAGGAUAAGAUUUGGAAUGCCUUCACUGAGGAGGAAAAACUCAGAUACACAAUAGAGACGACUGACGAUGGAAAUAAAAGAUUGGAUUUCAGGUUUGUUCACUGA